ACUAACUAGGUUACAGAAGGAGCGUCUUUCAUGGCGCGUGUAGUGCCAUUAAACAGGGAGCAGGAAGUCGUUUGGGAUUUAACCCCUAGUUCCGUCUCAGUGUCCUUGGCUGGAGAGAAUAAGCGAGAGAAGGAGAUAAUGUAUAGACACGUUGCGGCACUUCAGCAGCUGUCCCGACGGACGCUCACUAGUACCGCUCGCAGGCAGGUGGAGAAUAAAGUGCCCCAGAAGCAAAAGCUGUUCCAGGAGAAUAAUGGCAUACCAGUUCAUUUGAAGGGUGGAGCAGGUGAUGCCAUCCUGUACCGCACCACAAUGGGCCUCACCAUCUUGGGAACCGUCUUUGUAAUAUAUGAGCUGGUCAAGGCAUCGCUCCCUCACAAAAAGGAAUAAAAACUCCUGGAAUUAUUUCUGCCAAAAUGGCCUUGUACAUGUUUUAAGGAGUUUAAAUGCUGUAUAUUUAUUCACUUUCAUAAUGGGACCAAUCUACAUGUAUGUAGCUCUGGACAAUAAAAUCUACUUCCCAUGAA